UCCAUCGCGACAGUUACGCGGCUGCUGCAAACCUCACGUUAGCCGUACGGUCGGUCGUGCCAGUAUAACAAUCAUCAUCAAACGCAACUCCGCACACCUGCCGGUAGUCGCUAUGGAGCUGUUCCUGAAGCUAGUUGCGCUGAUACUCCGCCUGUUCAAUGCAGUACUCGAACCGAUCCUGACGUGGUUCGGUGGUCCUCCCCGGACGGAACCAUUUCCGGUGAUUCAAAACGAGGUGUUGCGUGUGCCGGCCUCCGACCUAGCGGAAAGAAUACGCCAGCGCCAAAUUCGCUCGGUGGACGUUGUACGAGCGUAUGUGUUACGAAUUCGCGAAGUGAACCCCCUAAUCAAUGCGGUCGUGGAAGAGCGCUUUGAGGCUGCGCUCGGCGAGGCAGCGGAAGCGGAUGAGCGUGUGGCAGCAUGUGGGGGAGACGAAAAAGCACUGCAGGAAUUGGCCACAACCAACCCAUUGCUCGGUGUACCGAUCACGGUGAAGGAGAGCUGCUCGGUCAAAGGUCUCGCCCUCACCGGUGGCGUUGUGCGACGGCAAAACUUGACGGCCGAAGCGGAUGGUGAGGCGGUUGGAUACAUGCGUAAAGCGGGAGCCAUUCCACUGCUUGUGUCCAACACGCCCGAAUACUGUAUGGCGUUCGAGUCGUACAACAAUGUUACCGGUAGGACAUUGAAUCCGUACGAUCCGCGCCGUACCUCGGCCGGAUCGUCUGGUGGCGAAAGUGCGUUAAUCGGCGCUGGUGCCUCUGUCUGCGGCAUCGGCAGUGAUCUUGGCGGCUCGAUUCGUAUUCCAGCACUGUUCUGUGGCAUCUUUGGACACAAACCAUCAGCAGGAAUUGUAUCAAUCAAAGGACACAUGCCCGUCUGUGCCGACGCUCACUUCGACCAGUACCUUUCACUCGGACCAAUGUGUCGCUACGCAAAGGAUCUUCCAUUGCUGCUCGGGAUUAUGAGCGGUCCGAAUGCGGCCAAACUACGACUGACCGAAUCGAUCAACGUGGACAAGCUGAAGAUAUACUAUCCGCAAAAGCUGGAUUUUACCAUCAAUGCCGUGCCGAUUGCACCGGAAAUCCGGGAAUCGUUGCGCAGUGCGCUGAAAUACUUCCAGAAUAAGGGCACCUACACGGAACCGCUCAAUUUCCGCUAUUUCUGCGACAGCAUGCAAAUAGCCUCGACCGCAUUGCAAACGCUCAAGGAUGUACCGAACGUGUUUGCGGCUCAGCAUCCGAAUUUGCUCUGGGAGUUGGCGAAGGUGGUGUUUCGCCAGUCAGAGCACACAUUCGCUACGAUCUUCAUGUAUCUGCUUUCUGCCUCUAAAGCCACCGUUAACGAGAAAAACCGCGACCGAUAUCUGCAAAUGGGGGCUGAGCUGAAGCAGGAGUUCACGAACAAACUUGGUACUGACGGUGUAUUUCUGAUGCCAUCCUUCCCGAAGCCGGCCUUGCGCCAUUACGAAUCCUUCGGCCAUGUCACGGGUUUCAUGUACACGAUGAUUAUGAAUGCGCUCGGAUUCCCGGCAACGCAGGUACCCCUCGGGUUUAACCGCGAUGGGCUGCCCGUCGGUAUACAGGUGGUGGCUGGACCAAACCAGGAUCGAUUAUGCCUGGCGGUAGCUCAAGAGCUAGAAAAGGCUUUCGGUGGCUGGCAGUCACCCAAAUAGCACCCAUCGCACACUACUAGCAGGCUGUGCAUCGACGAAGGUGUAGGUGUUUAGUAUGGCGGUCGAGGUCUGUACGUGUAUAUUGUGACUGUAGGAGCACCAGGAAGCAAAUCCAACGGACAAUGACACCCGAUACCGUGUUCCUGCUUUCGACCGGAACAUUCCAACCUUUUUUUGUGGCCGUUGAUGACGUACAUGCAUAACAGACGUGUGGUUGGGUUUCUGUUGUACCAAAGUUAUGACCGGAAUGUGUGGUUGUUGUUGGUCAAAUAAACUUUUUACUUAUU